AACAUUUGCUCAGUUAAUGUAAAGUGUUGCUGGUCCAGUAUCUCCAGCACUAGAGCUGAUAUCAGUCUGUGGUGGUGUUUCUCCACCCAUCUGAGCUCCUCCUUUAAGGUGAGUUCAGUCAGACUUUGGCCCCAGGAGCGGCUCCUGCUCCUCUCUCCGUCACACUAUGAACUAACACAGAGAAACCUCAGAAGAUCUCAAGAUUCAGAACUGAGGAAGCUCUCCAACAUCUCGUCUGAUCUCUCGGUGCUGUGGUCAUGCUGGGGGGUUCGAGUCCGUUCGGCUGGUCCAGUGGUGACACUGAAUCGUUUCGCUCCAGUGUGUCGGCGAUGAACGGCGUGUCCUCGGAUCUGUCAGGUUUAUCCAGACCCAGUGCUAAAUCAAUAUACCAUCAGAGGAAGGAAUAUGCCGACUCCAUCAACAGACAGAUGCAUCAGUUCCAGCACAGAGUAGAGCAUCUGUUCACCUGUGAGCUGGAUGGCCAGCAGCUGUGUGACGUGAACGACUGUCUGGAGCGGCUGAAGUAUCUGGAUGCUACGGGUCGUGUGUGGGGUCAGGACGUCCUGCUGGAGGUGCGGGAUGGAGCGCUGCUGCUCGCCGACAUCGAGACCAAGGAGAUGCUGGAGUCGUGGCCUCUGAGCAGCGUUCUGGAUCUAAAGGCCGUUCUAGACGAGAGAGUUUAUGACUCUCUGCUGAUCGUCUCCAUUCAGAAACACGGCAGUCGUGCCGUCAGUGUCUUCCUGUUCCAGAGCGAGUCUCUCAGGGCCGAUUAUCUGAAGAAAGAGCUGGAGCAGCUCCUGCAGAACAAGAGAGAUGAUCCCAGACUGUCGAUCUACAGCAAAGUCAAUGGAGGAAACAUCACACAAAGAAACUCGCGAAUAGUGUCUCCUCCACCUCAGCCGAUCCAUCAGAAACCUCCCGAACCCUGGGCCGCUCCGGAUUACGAUGAGAGUCCGGUCCCGACUCAUCUCACCUCCAGAAAUAACUCCACCUACACAAAGGUAUUGACUCCGCCCCCUCGAGCAGAAGAACCGCCCAUCAGACCGGACCCGCCCCCUCAACGGCCGUACACAGAGAGGGAGAGGAACGUGGACAUCCUGAAUCACCUCAUCAAUGACAUCGAGGCCUUCGCAGGCCGAGUGACGGCCGUCGCGCCCAAGAUGGACAAGAAGAAGAAGAAGAAGAAGAAGAAGAAGCGUAAGGCUGUGAAGGGAAUGCCAUCAGAGGAACAGUUCUCCAUCUGUCUGAGGAAAAUCAAGAUGGCCUUUAACCUGCUGGCUAACCUGAAGGGGAAGAUUGACAAUCCCAGCGCUGCUGAACUCACUCACUGUCUGUUCUCCAUACUGGAGCUGGUUGUGUUUCACUGUGACGAGGAUCUCCCUCCUUCUAUCGUGGCUCCUCUCUUUGAGCCGGAGUGUGUGGUGUUUCUGAGCGAGGAGGCGACGCCGGAGGAGGAUCAUCUGUGGCAGUCACUGGGAGACGCCUGGAACAUUCCCAGCACUAAGUGGCCGGAGGAUGAUGAUGACAUUCCCACCUUCACACCGGUGUUUGACGAUGGAUGGGAGCCUCCAGCCGUCAGAGCUCCAGAGCCAGGCAUCAUGAACACAAGCAAACGAGAGCCGGGGCAGUCACCUGUGACACGACCAAUGAGCAACAGACUGCCGCCGGAGCCUGAGGACAGUUCAGAUGAGUUACCGGCGAGCUUCAUGACAGCCAUGUUUGAUUUCUCAGCACGAAACCCUCGAGAGCUUUCCGUCAGUAAAGGUGAACACCUACAGCUGUUGGACAUGUCUAAGCAGUGGUGGAAGGUGAAGAAUGAAAGAGGGCAGAUCGGUUACGUCCCAAACAACAUGCUUCAGUCUCCGCAGCAGCAGGACAAAGCUGAAACCCCGUCUGCACCCACACUCACCCGAAAAUCACCACCCGAGGAGGUCCGGGCCUGGCUGGAGCACAAGGGAUUCAGCAAAAUUACGGUGCGGUGUUUAGGAGGGGUCAGCGGCUCGAUGCUGCUGGGAAUGACUCGCGAUGAGCUCAAGACCGUCUGUCCAGAAGAGGGAGGACGCGUCUUCUACCAGCUGCAGAACGUCAAGUCAGCCCUUGCGAUGGCCAGUGACGUGAGACCAAUGAUCUGAGCCACAAACAGAUGCUGAAGAAAAUGAUGCUAAAUCACAAAAUCUGUACGUUAUUUCUGCACCCCGGAUCCAUUUGGACAGAAGAAUCUGUUAGUUAUAAAACAGUCAUAACUUCAACUAAAACUAUAUUGUAUUUGAUCAGCAACUUGAGUGAAUGCGAACCAAUUUCACCAUAUUAUUCCUGCAUUGAUUUAAUCAUUAAUUAAAAAAUGAAGAAAUUUUUAGAAAUUUAUAUUUCAAAUAUAUUUAUAUUUUUGUCAAUAUUAAUGAAAGUUGUUAUGUGAAUAUAUCAUUGUAUGAAAUUUAUGAGAGCAUAUAAUCUGAGAAUUAUCAGUAUUAACCCAAUGAAAAGAAUGGAAUUUAAUUAAAUUCAUACCUCAUGAUUGCUCAAAAACAGUCCAUAUUUAUAAAACCUACAUAUUUAUUUAUGAUAAAGCAACAUAAAUAUUCCAAAUAAAUUCAUUUUACUUGCAUAUUUAAAAAAAAUGUUUUUCAUGCUGCAAUGUUUUUUUUUAAUACACCUACAUACAGUUUUCAUGUUUUGGCAAUUCAGUCCAAUAAGUGUGUGAGAGA